AUGUCCUCCCCACCACCUCCCUCGAAUCCAUUAAAACGCGCCUCCAUCUCCUCGGCCUCCCAACAACCAUACCCCAAACGCCCACGCGCACACCCUCUCCGCCAAACCUCCUUCCCCGUCGACCCGGACCUCCGUGGCUUCAGCGCAACCAGCGACGCAGGCAGCGUCACGGGCAGUUUCACAGGCAGCGUCGGCGGAGCAAGUGUCGACGGUGUAUUCAAGCGGAAACGCGGGCGGAAGAGCAAGGCCGAGAAGGAGCGGGAGCGCGAAAGGGAGAGGGAACGGAGCGAGGAUGUUGGGAGUGUGAGGACGGGCGCGGGAUAUACGGGGGCUGGGACGGGUGGUGGUGCUGGUGGCGGUGGAGGGGGUGGAGGGAAUAAUGCGGAGGAAGGGGAUGAGGAGGAUGAUUUUGAUGAUGAGGGGGAGUUGUUGGGGAGAGAGGAGGGUGGGACGGCGACGGAUACAGAGGCUGAGAAGAAGAAUCUUGCAUUACUGGUGGACGCGUUUAACCCGUUACAGUCGGAGAGAUAUGACCUCUUCAAACGGGCGAAGUUGAGAAAGGAGACGCUGCGGCGGAUCGUCAACCACGCGCUCUCACAGUCCGUCCCCGCCAGCGUGGUGACUACGAUCAAUGGAUUUACAAAAGUGUUUGCGGGUGAAAUGAUUGAAAAGGCGCGGACAGUGCAGAAGGAGUGGGCGGAGGCGCACGACCAAGCGGCGUUGGUGAGGCUUGCGCAAGAGGAAGCUGAAACAACGGCGAGGGCGGCUGCUAGCACUAACAAUGGGGUCGUCAAGACAGAGCUAGGAACCGACACGAACACGAGCGCGACCAGCAUUUCCUCAAACUCAAACUCAGCGGUGUCUCGGGAAUCGGCAAUGGCCGCUGCAACUGGUGGAAACACUGUUGGAAAGCGCACGCGCACGGCGGCGGAGCUGCCGCCGAACCCACACCGCGGGCAGCUGCUCCCUGCCCAUUUGAGAGAAGCGCUUCGCCGGUAUAAACGCGAUGGCGAGGGUGGGGGAGUUGGGUUUUCUGGCCUGAGUCUGGGGAAUCUGGGAGUGCGAGGGUCGGUAACGUGGAGUGCGGGCAGCGUUGGAGGGCGGCGGAUAUUUCGAUAG